AUGACGACACGUAACGUCAUAAUUUUCGUGGUUUUACUCUCGCUUACUUCGUGCAGUAAUGCUACUGUAAAUUUAAAGAUUGGCUUGUACAAUUACAUCCCAGAUGUUGCUGGCAAUCAAUUGCAAUCGUAUGCAAAUUAUAUUAAGACAAAGUGGGAUGCGCUAGGAACUGGUACAACAAUUCAACUGGUCGUUGAUAGUAGUGUAUACGACCCUUAUGGCGAUCUUAACACCUACCUUGGUUCUGGCGCAGGAAGUUUUGAUAUAAUUGAGACGGACAUGGUAAGAUCAAGUGAAUUAAUUGGAAAGGUGGUGGAAAUACAAGCUGGUGCAGCUUCUGAUCAGAUCAAUGUUACUAGAUUUGUUCAAGCUACUGUUGAUGCAGUAAAACAUAACACUGCUUACUUGGGCUUUCCUACUUUUGCCUGUGGCAAUUUCAUCAUCCAAACCGUUCUUUCUGGACAAGCGGGAGUUUCUCUAGAUGGAACAAAUUACACGCGAUUUAUUCAAAGUGCUGAUCAGGCUCAGAACACAAUGGUCUAUGAUGGACCUUGUAUAUCAGCCAAACCCAGUAAUAAACGUGCAAGAUUGCUAGGUGGAAAGAUAGACAGUUCAUCAGGCUGGUAUCUCCCCUUUAUCUAUCUCGACAGCGUUGCAGACAUACUCGGACCAGCCAGUGUUCAGGCAGAGAUCAACAACGUUUUGGCUGGCAACCCGAAUAAUGAAACCAUUCAAAAGCUUCGAAAAUUCUUUGGAUACUUCAAAGACAAUUGCAAUGCAAUCGAUCAAACUGACAUUGAAGAUGAUGUAGUCAAUGGAAAAGACGGGUACUUUUAUGGAUUCUCUGAGAGAUUGAGCAUAAUUUACAAGAAAGCAAAUUAUCAAAACAUAAGAGUAUUGGGAUCUAUAGCACCACCGUUUGGCCAACAAAAUCACCUUUUAAUGUACACAGAUGCUUUAGUGUUGAAUAAAGCCAAAUAUGACCAGCAAGAUGAUGAAUAUAAAGCAGCUGUGAUGAGAUUUUCAAAAUUUCUUUCAAGCGAAGAACUCCGUAAGGAAUUAGUGAUGGGUAAAGAUCUUCAACCAGAAAGAAUUCGAUACUUACUACCUCCGGUAAAAGAAUUUUUUGAAACAACGCAGAAUACACUGUAUCAACAGUACUAUCAAAUUAUCCGAAAUGGUUUUCCCUCGCCUUCUCUUUCCGAAGCCACCAGACAGGGAAUGCAAGCUAUUUUGAAGCCAUUGUGCUACUCUCUUUUUGCAAUAAGUGGUUUCUUCGAAUUAUUGGAUGCGCGGCAUGGUUUACCGGCGGUUGAGCGCUCAAUGUCUGAAGGACAUUAUCGCUGUCGUAAACCUAGUGGAGCUCUUCUCCAAUGGAUUUGCGACAAGCUGUACAUCUGUACUAAAGUGCUAAAACUAGAUACGUCGAGCAGAUCAAGACGUAACUGUAAACAUUGUACCUACGUAUCACGGGUUAAUCGAGAUUGUUCUCUUCUUGAAUUAAUAAAUUUAGACUUUCGCCAAAGUUUAUAUUAUAGAUAG